AUGAAAUCUUUGGGAUUGACGAUUGGUCUCAUUCAAGUGAGUUAGACGAGCAACGUCUAGAAAGUUUCUUUAUUUUAUUUUAGAUAUUGAUGGGUCUAGUCAAAGCAAAUUAUCUCAUUUCAUAUUUAUCCGAUCAGGCAAGUUUUAAUUUCAGAAUUAGUUUCCAAUUUCAGUUCAAUUGCGUUCCGUGUUUCAGAUUAUUCUCGGGUUUACUACUGGAGCGGCGGUUCAUGUGCUUACUGCUCAACUCAACAAGAUUCUCGGAGUCGCCUUACCACGUCACUCUGGAAUUGGAAAGUUAUUCUAUGUGAGUACACUUCAUACGUUUCGCUUGAUCUUCCAAAUUCUCGUUUCUUUCAGAUUUAUCAAGACCUCUUCCGCGCUAUCCUCGAAAAUCAAGUGAACAAAGUCACGUUGGUCAUAUCACUUGUGGUAAUUGUAGCCAUGUACAUUGCGAAAUACCACCUGACACCAAUGCUCUGUGCAAAGACGCGCAUUCCCAUCCCAUACGAUUUGUUCCUGGUUGGUGUCUGCAAAAUGCGUGUGUGGGCGUGAAAGCUUUUGGUUACAGAUUGUAGCCGGAACAAUUCUUUCAAGUCUCUUUGCGGUGAAUGAAUCGCACAAAGUGAAAAUAAUCGGAGAGAUUCCGACCGGGUAUCCGAAUUCUAACAUAAAGGCACUGAUUCCACGAAUGUUUUAGAUUUCCUUCGCCCGCAUUGCCCAACGUCACUUUUUUCGGAAGCGUUUUUGGAGACGCGAUCGCAAUUUCUAUAGUUUCCGUCGUGGUCACUGUGUCUAUGGGAAAAGUCAUGGCGAAAAAGCAUGAUUACGAAAUUGACGUGCGGCAGGAGUUCUUUGCUCUCGGCAUGGUCGCUUCUAUUUGCUCACUAUUUCCUUGUUGGCCAGCGUCGACGGCACUGGCGAGAACUAUCAUUAAUGAAAACGCGGGUACCAAAACACAAGUGAGUCGAUGCUAA